UAACCUCUUUAGUGCCCCCAAGGAAGACCGAAAGAAGGGACGAAGUAAGGGGAUGGGUAAGGAAUAGGAAAAUACGUGACAAAGAAAACAUUCUCUGCCUGGGAGGAGACUGACUGAGGCUGUUGAACUGAAGGGAGCAUUCGUUGGCCAUGCCAGUACUUACCACUGAUGCUGAGUCAGAAACAGGUAUCCCAAAAUCCCUUUCCAAUGAGCCUCCCUCAGAAACCAUGGAGGAAAUAGAGCACACAUGCCCACAGCCUCGACUGACCCUGACUGCACCUGCCCCAUUUGCAGAUGAAACCAGCUGCCAGUGCCAAGCACCCCAUGAAAAACUGACCAUUGCUCAGGCUCGCUUAGGAACACCAGUUGACAGGCCCGUCAGAGUAUAUGCAGAUGGAAUAUUUGACCUCUUCCACUCAGGCCAUGCAAGGGCACUUAUGCAAGCAAAAACACUGUUUCCCAACAGCUACUUACUGGUAGGAGUUUGCAGUGAUGACCUCACUCACAAAUUCAAAGGUUUCACCGUGAUGAAUGAAGCAGAGAGAUAUGAAGCUCUCAGACACUGUCGCUAUGUAGAUGAAGUCAUCAGAGAUGCUCCAUGGACACUCACGCCAGAGUUUCUGGAAAAACACAAGAUUGACUUUGUGGCCCAUGAUGACAUUCCGUACUCUUCUGCUGGCUCUGAUGAUGUUUACAAGCACAUAAAGGAAGCAGGAAUGUUUGUUCCAACGCAGAGAACAGAAGGCAUCUCAACAUCAGACAUCAUCACCAGAAUUGUCCGAGACUAUGAUGUUUAUGCCCGACGUAACCUCCAGAGAGGGUACACAGCCAAGGAACUGAAUGUCAGCUUUAUAAAUGAGAAGAAGUACCGCUUCCAAAACCAAGUAGACAAGAUGAAGGAAAAGGUCAAGAAUGUGGAAGAAAGAUCAAAAGAAUUUGUUAACAGAGUGGAAGAAAAGAGUCAUGAUCUAAUUCAAAAAUGGGAAGAGAAGUCAAGGGAAUUCAUUGGCAACUUCCUAGAACUGUUUGGGCCAGAUGGAGCAUGGAAGCAGAUGUUCCAGGAGAGGAGUAGCCGAAUGCUGCAGGCCUUGUCCCCGAAGCAGAGCCCUAUGAGCAGCCCCACCAGGAGCCGGUCCCCUUCCCGCUCCCCGUCGCCCACCUUCGCAUGGCUCCCAAUCAAAACCUCACCCCCUUCCUCACCCAAAGCGGCCUCAGCCUCCAUCAGCAGCCUGAGUGAGGUGGACGAGGAUGAGAAGUAAAGGCUGCUGGUAGACAACAGCCGCACCACACAGGCUGGGGAGGAGGGUGGGGUCGCUGAGGAUGCCUGGGUGGUGUUUGAAGGGUAAUAGUCGCAGGAGCUGCAGCUCAGCAAAAAAAAGCCCUUGAGCUCUGCUAAAGGAAGGCCGCGGGACCAGCUCUCCCUCCAUCUCCAUUCAGCCUAAGACUUGGGCUCUGCAUGGAGGUUUCCAGCCAGACAACCUAUACAAACCUUCUUAGAGUCAUCUAGAAUCAAUCUACUUUAAACUUGCUAAGGAAAGAUGCAGAACCACCCCCCCAUUAGACUUGCACCAAGUGAGGUGUCUUCUACUCUAGUCCUUAACACCUACCCCUACCAAGUGCACCCCCUGUGGAAGCGGCUAUUCCCUCGACCUGCUACUUCCAGCUCCUAAGGCCCUGCACGUUGCCUCCUAGCACCCAAGCUCUGCCAAAGUUGUCUCCAAUAAAAAUAGUUGCAUUAGAAGCGAAUUUCAACCUAAGUUUAGCCACCGAGACCUGAUAUUGCAGCACAUCAAUUCUUUCUAGUUCCAGGAACAUGGCACAUAGACAAAGCCUUGCUUUAGGCCAGAUAUAUUAAAGAUCGUCUAGUGUGACUCUUAACUUCUUUAUCAAAGGACAGUUUUGUCAAGGAGAGAGAGCCACAUAAGGCCUAAUGUGCUCCUGGUUGUAUUUUUUCAUCAGUGGUUUGACUUGUUUUCCAAAAAUUACCUUAAUCUGUGGGAAAUGCAACAACAACAAAAAAACAUGCUAUCGAGGAAGAAAAGAGGAGCUGCUUUGCUUUGGCUCCAAGUUUAGCAGAUGAUAGAUAUCUCCUGAAACUUCUCUUUAGAGGAUGCUAUUAUGGAAUGGCUUUCCCCAUUUCUGACCACUUAACAAUUUCAUAGACCUCAAGUAACAGUUCGAUGUACCAAACCACAUAGUAUACCAAUAGGGGGUGCUACCUGCACACAUCUUUUCUAUGUACGCUCUAAACAUGCCAUCCAGGGUAUAGAUCGUAUGCAAUAUGAAAAUAUGGUGGUGGCAUUUUACAAUAUACUCUCCUGCUCUCUCCCUAAUAACCCCGUUGAAAUCCUUGAUCUCAAGGAUUAUCUGGUUCCUUUGUGACUUGGGAACUUUGUCGAAAGCUCAUUCUGGAUUUCUGUAAAAAGGCUUGUACCAACCAGGAAAUUAGUAUGUUGUUCUCACGGCCUGUCAUAUUUUGGGGUGAAGGGAAGCUCUGAAGAGUUUCACAUAGCACUAUGGGAACCUCAGUUCUGAGCUCAGCAUCUGAAUGGUCUGGGGAGUAUUAUAGUUAUCCCU